AUGUACGUGCAGGGGCUGCCGGGGCUGGUGGCACUGCUGCUGAUCACCUCACUGCUGGCCGGUCACCCUGCACUGCCAGCUGGCCUCCCAGCCCCAUGGAGUGGUUGGAGUAGUCCUCCUUCGUGCCGGCUCACCCGGACUGAGUCAGAGCACAGGUGCCGCGCCCCAGGGGGGAAGCUGUGCAGUGAUAGAGGCAGAUGUGAGUGCGGAGUCUGCAUCUGCCAAGUGACUGAGUCUGGCAAAUACUACGGUCCACUCUGUGAGUGCCACGACUGGGUGUGUGAGAUCUAUGAUGGGAAGAUCUGUGCAGGCCAUGGGAAGUGUGACUGUGGGAAGUGCAAAUGUGAUGAAGGAUGGUAUGGUGAAGCUUGUCAGUUUCCAACUACUUGCAAUCUUACACGAAAGAAAAGCAAUGAAAUGUGCAAGAAUUCUCAAGAUAUCAUCUGUUCUGGUGCAGGCACAUGUCAAUGUGGCAGGUGUAAAUGUGCAAACUCGGAAGGAAAUGGACUUGUCUAUGGUAAAUUUUGUGAAUGUGAUGACAGAGAAUGCAUAGAUGAUGAGACAGAAGAGAUUUGUACAGGCCAUGGAAAGUGUUACUGUGGAAACUGUUACUGUGAGGCUGGUUGGCAUGGAGAUAAAUGUGAAUUCCAGUGUGACAUCACCCCCUGGGAGAUCAAGAAAAGAUGCACAUCUCCAGAUGGCAAAAUCUGCAGCAACAGAGGCACAUGUGUAUGUGGGGAAUGCACAUGCCAUGAUGUGGACCCAACCGGUGACUGGGGAGAUAUUCAUGGAGACACUUGUGAGUGCGAUGAAAGAAACUGCAAAGCAGUGUAUGAUAGAUAUUCUGAUGACUUCUGUUCAGGUCAUGGACAGUGCAAUUGUGGAAAGUGUGACUGUAAAGAAGGAUGGACUGGGAAGAAGUGUGAACAUCCACGUUCUUGUCCAUUGUCAGUUGAAGAAAGUGCUAAGAAGUGUCAAGGAAAUUCUAAUUUACCUUGCUCUGGAAGAGGGAGAUGUGAAUGUGGCCAAUGCACUUGUUUCCCUCCAGGAGACAGCAGAGUUCAUGGCAAAAACUGUGAAUGUGAUGAUCGACAGUGUGAAAAUGUGGACGGCAUUGUCUGUGGGGGACAUGGUAUCUGCUCAUGUGGCCGAUGCAUUUGCCAGGAUGGGUGGUUUGGAAAGUUGUGCCAGCAUUCGAGGAAGUGCAACAUGACAGAGGAAGAGAGCAGAAGUCUCUGCGAGUCAACGGGUGGCAUACUAUGCUCGGGGAAGGGUUCCUGCCAUUGUGGAAAGUGCAUCUGCUCACCACAGGAGUGGUACAUUUCGGGUGAUUUCUGUGAAUGUGAUGACCGAGACUGCGACAAACAUGAUGGUCUCAUUUGCACAGGCAAUGGUGUUUGUAGCUGUGGAAACUGUGAGUGCUGGGAAGGAUGGAAUGGCAAUGCUUGUGAAAUCUGGCUGGGAAAAGAAUACCCUUAA